CACUGUUUGUUCGACGCUUAUUCCUCCCCCCCCGUCCACUUCACUCAUCCUCGCCUUUCGUCCUCCUCCUGCAACACCAGCAGCAGCAGAGCCGCUCUCUCUGUUCGACGAAUCGAGCCGCCUCCUCCUCCUCCUCCCCCUUCCCCUCGGCCGCCGUUGCCCUUCCUCCCCCCUUCCACUUCUUUCCUCCAUUUCGUCUUUCCUUGACAGCCUCCAGACCAACCGCAGCCUCGACCGGGUCGUGUCUGCGUGUUGUCCCCGACAAGCGCCCUUUCGUCUGCCGCUCUGGCUUUCUUCCUUCCCCCUCCCGCGCACAUGGGCUUCCGCUAAGCGCCGAUUUUGUGUCUCACAUCGAUAACGGGUCUCAUUCCUUCCUUGUCUGCCCUCCCUUCCUCCCUCUUACUUCCAAAGUUUCCGCACACUCGGCACGACGACAGAGACUGGGACGUCAAAGGACCACCCGGUUGUUUCUCAUCAUCACGCCCUCUCGACGACGACUCCCGAACCUCGACUCUUCUCUCGCCCGCCGCUGCCGUCGUGCCCUACUCGUCGAUCUGUCUUCCCCCAUCGCCUCAGCCUCGCGAGGAGCGGCUCUCGAGUCGCCUGCCCUCGCUCUCUCGGAGCCAGCCUCGGCCUGGCCUCACCCGCGUCACGUCGAUUGACGGGAUCCAGCAGCGCUGUCCACUUGUCCUCGGCCGACCGACCGACUCUUUCUCAACGUCCGCUCCUUCUUACACAGCGUCGCUUUUUGCUUCAGUCCCUCUCCACAGAGCCGUUCUAUUUUUAAUCCCACCCGCACCGACCCCCCGUCAGCCCGGGUGUAAGAUCUGGACCGACACUGCUGGCGCCGUUGACCAAGAGCCCCCGUUGACUGGGGUCAGGAUCAACGACGCCGCCAUAACGCCAUCCAGUCCUCGCGUAAUCAUGCCGUCCGCCACAGCCCGGCGCAUGUACGAGGAUCAAAUACCGUCCUUCAUGUCAGUGUUUGAUCUUGACGCUGAGACCAUGGCCGAUCGCGACACCGUGACUGUUGUCGACCCGAAAAUGGUCACGGUGGAAUCCAAGGCGCAUGUUCUUGCGAACACAUCUUCCCAGAUUGACCUGAACACUGGCUCGAUACCCCCCGACGCCAUACACAAACACCAUGACAGCACCUCGACGCAGAUGUCUGAGUCCACAGACUCGUCACCGACGACGACUUUCUCGACGACAGACUCUUCUCCCCUCUCAGAUCCGUCGCCCUCCUCGUCGCCUGACUCACCUGUUAAUCUGAUCCCGCUAAACAACUAUCCCUCGGCUAUGUUUGGGUGCCGAUCCGGCCAGGGACCGAUGCUUAGUAUUCCGGAGAGCGGAACACUCGAGCGGCCGAUGACGUCCCCAGCGCCGCGUCGGCCGCGCAAUAUGAAGGGCUUGUCAAUACAGCCCCCAGCGGCCGUAACGACGACGACCCCCAAGUCCUUCGCCACGGAGCCAUCCUCCCCGUCAUUCAUCAAGCCGACUAUCCCCGCCAUGAAACGGAAGCCCAGCCAACUCAGUCUCAAGACUGGCACUUCUGAUCUGUUGGUCAAGGCGUCACUGGAGGUGCCGGCAUCUCCAGGAAUGCCACCAAUCCUGCAGCGCCGUGCUUUGAAGCACUCGACGUCGUCUCCUCACAUGCUCACUGGUCUCAAGUCCUCGACAUUCGGCCCUCCGGGCGGCAUGACAUUCCCCAGAGUGCUGGAGCGCAAUCAAUCCGGACUCUCCGAGGUUUUGCGACCCAUGAAGACGAGCAUGAACAUGGAGUUUGAAACGAGUAUUACCGAAGAGGACUCACCCAUUAAGACGCAGCUCGCCAAGCGCACCGAGUUCGAGCCGUACCACGAGAGCCUCAACAAUGAGGACCAGAAAUCACCAGGCUAUCCGGACGGCCCAAUCGCCAUAUACGGUGAUAACGUUUACCUGUACCUGGAACCGACAGCUGAGGAGGCUUCACAAUUUGACGUGGUAAUAAACGUGGCUCGAGAAGUCAAGAACCCUUUCGACGCACUCUCAAAACCCUUCUUUGGCCCCAGCUCUACUUUGGAUGGAACGCCUGCACCGCCAACAGCGCUGGACGAGAGUCCAGUUCCAGACACUGCCGCUACAACCGCCAGCUACGCGACGGCCUUUGAGUUCCCGUUGAGUGAAGACAAGCCGAUGGAGACACCCACGACACCAAAGGCGAAUCCGCUGAAGGAACCCGAGUAUAUUCAUGUUCCUUGGGACCACAACACUGACAUCGCCCCGGAUCUGAUGCGCCUCUGCGAAACGAUAGACAAUCGCGUCAAGCAGAGCAAGAAGGUGCUCGUGCAUUGUCAACAGGGGGCGAGUCGCUCGGCCAGCUUGAUCAUAGCCUACGGCUUGUACCAAAAGCCCGAACUGACUGUCAACGAUGCCUAUUAUGCCGCGCAAGCGAAGAGUCGGUGGAUCAGCCCCAACAUGAAGCUCAUGUAUUCGCUGCAGGAUUUCCACAAGGAGCUCUCCAAGAAGCGCCUGCCUCCGACUUCUACGUACCGUCCACGGACUGGUCGGAGCCCGACAAAGCACAGGCUGACGCUUUCUGCCGACGCAAUUGACAUGACGCCGAAGGAGCCUCAGAGCGCGCCCCUCCCCGGGGAUGAUGGCAAAUCUGGCGACACGGACUCUGGGCCAAGCCCGACACGCCCCAGGGGCAGUUCGACACCGGGAGUUCCGACCGUGUCGCCUGGUCCUGCGUCUGCACCCUUGACUUUCUCAUGGAGGGAGCAGGUGGAGGAAAAGCCGCCUCCGAUACCCAAGCUCGUCGCCGAACGGCCUGCUGGACGACGCAGGCUUGAUUGCGACAGACCGGAGUCUAAUACCCCGGCUGCGGACGGGUCGUGGACCUUCCCAAGCAGCGUCUCAGCGGAUGCUUGGUCGCUGUCGUUAGAAUUGCCACCGCCUUGCCCCAAAGGCACUGCGACGAAUGACGCUACACUUGUGGAGCAGACAGUGACGAUACGACCGUCCGUUCCUGACGAAGAUGCUCUUAUGUCCCCACGAGCCGAAACCAUGACCGAAAAUCCUUUUCAUGGUGGGAGCCAAAUGGCUGGCUUGCGCUUUGCUGAGGCGCCGCCGACGCCGACUGGAGGGCUCUUCUCCCCUCGGCAGUCUAUUUUUGCGCGGGAUCCGUUUUCCUUCUUCGGAAGGAUUGCAUCGUUUGGCCGUCCGCCUCAGGUAGCCGACCCUCGGAGCCCGCCCACCAAGGGGGAGACGCCGAUAGUUCGCUCCAUCGACGACGUGCUAUGACAGCUUGACGACGAUGUGCCGGCAUCUCAUAUACUAUUUUCUACGACGACGAUCUAAUUUGGAGGGGCACCUUUUGCGGAUCUCGAUGAUACCCUCACUUUGGAAACUUAGCCAUGUGCAGUGGUCAGGGGCAUGGGUUGCACGAGCGCCGGCGAGCGCGACUGUGACGCCUCGUGGGCUGUGACGCAUAGCAUUGCAGGCGUUCUUGUUUGUGUAUAUACCGAAGCCACUGGAGUCGUGCGGCGCCGCGCUCCCAUCUUUUGAGACACUCGCUAAUCUCUGUCGAUACUUGCCGUCGUGCUCGGCACAGAGGAGCCCAAGCUUAGGGCAGUGAGCAUGGGUUAGAGGCUCGCGAUCCCGGCUACAUACAUUUGGUGUUUGUUCCACCGCAUUAAGCAUCAUUACGUCGCCCGUCGAUUGGCAACUGUGGCGAUCUCACGAUGAUUAACCCCUGGGUGGUACAUGCCGGGGUUUCAUUGACGCACUGGGUAGCCACGGGGGGGGGGGGGGGGGAACAUGGUCUCGGAUGGAUUGAUCCAAAUGAAAUACGGUCACCGGCAUUGCCGCUCGCUAUCCGCGUACCCAACAAGGGACGCGGCGAUCGGAGAGUGACGGAGCAUGAAUACGAGGCAAAGCGACUGAAGCGUAUGGCGCAUCUUGGGAAAAUACACACAACCAAUUAUCUUGGUGACCCU